AUGCCGGGCUACGGUCAAGGCACGCAGAUAAGCAGAACGGGCAGCAGUAAUAGUAACAGCAGCAGCAGCAAUGAGGUGCUGGGUCAAAGUGGGUAUUUCCCGCAGCAACAGUAUAUGGUGCCGCAACCGAUGCUCAGCAGGACUAGCCAGGCCGGGUACUACUACUAUUACCAGCCUGCAAUGGUGCAGAUGCCGCAACAGGCUCCGUUACCUCAAUUGGCACCAGCACAGCAUCUCGCGCCGCUGCCACAGAUGCUGAGGCCCAUUCAACCUCUGGCGAUGUCACCGCCCGCUCAGCCCGCCUCGAGGAGCAACAGCAACACAAGUAGUGGUCCACAACCUGUCCCGAGGAAGGCUCGGCGUGGCACUGGUGACGGUCACUUGGCCAACCCGAGGAUGAUCACGACGAUGUGGGAGGACGAGAGGACACUCUGUUACCAAGUGGAAGCCAACGGUGUCUCCGUGGUGAGGAGGGCAGAUAACGAUAUGAUCAACGGCACGAAGUUGUUGAACGUGACGAAGAUGACGAGGGGGCGGCAGGGACGGGAUCCUGAGGGGCGAGAAAGUGCGUACCGUGGUGAAAAUAGGGUCCAUGCACCUCAAGGGCGUGUGGAUCCCCUUCGAGCGAGCGUACCUCAUCGCAGAACGGGAGAAGAUCUUCGACCUCUUGUACCCGUUGUUCGUCAAGGACAUCAAGGGUCUGCUGAAACAGAUGACGCCGACGUAUAUAGCCCCGCAGAUGCACGGUGCAAGUGCCGCGGCCGCGGCCUCGGGCCCGGAUACAGGUGUCACGCAAAAUAG